CCGUGACUCCUCCCACUACUUCCGUGUAUGCGUCGACCUGCUGCGUGUUCCUCUCCCUUUGCUGCAGAUUGAAGUGACUUGUGAGGCUAAUAUUUGAGAUAAACAUCAUGUCUUUGGAGGUCGAAUCCGCAGACGUGAUCCGUCUGAUCAUGCAGUACCUGAAGGAGAACAGUCUGCACCGGACUCUGGCCACCCUGCAGGAGGAGACCACGGUGUCUCUGAACACUGUGGACAGUAUCGAGAGCUUUGUGGCGGACAUAAACAGUGGCCACUGGGACACCGUCCUGCAGGCCAUCCAGUCCCUCAAGCUGCCAGAUAAGACCCUCAUUGACCUUUAUGAACAGGUUGUGCUGGAGCUGAUCGAGUUGAGAGAGCUGGGUGCAGCCCGUUCCCUCCUCAGGCAGACCGACCCCAUGAUCAUGCUGAAACAGACCCAACCAGAGAGAUACAUCCACCUGGAGAACCUGCUCGCUCGCUCUUACUUCGACCCCAGAGAGGCGUACCCAGACGGCAGCAGUAAAGAGAAGCGGCGGGCAGCCAUCGCACAGGCCCUGGCAGGAGAGGUCAGCGUGGUACCGCCCUCUCGUCUCAUGGCUCUGCUGGGACAGUCUCUGAAGUGGCAGCAGCAUCAGGGUCUCCUGCCUCCUGGUAUGACAAUUGAUUUGUUCAGAGGUAAAGCUGCCGUCAAGGACGUGGAGGAGGAGAGAUUCCCCACGCAGCUCUGCAGACACAUCAAGUUUGGACAGAAAUCUCAUGUGGAGUGUUCCCGCUUCUCCCCCGAUGGUCAGUAUCUGGUCACUGGGUCUGUGGACGGCUUCAUCGAGGUGUGGAACUUCACCACUGGCAAAAUCAGAAAGGAUCUUAAGUACCAGGCUCAGGAUAACUUCAUGAUGAUGGACGAUGCUGUGCUGUGCAUGUGCUUCAGUCGGGACUCAGAGAUGUUGGCAACCGGAGCUCAGGAUGGAAAGAUCAAGGUGUGGAAGAUCCAGAGCGGUCAGUGUCUGAGGAGGUUUGAACGAGCUCACAGUAAAGGAGUAACGUGCGUCAGUUUCUGUAAAGACAGCAGUCAGCUCCUCAGCGCCUCCUUUGACCAGACGAUCAGAGUCCACGGUCUGAAGUCGGGUAAAACCCUCAAAGAGUUCCGUGGUCACUCCUCAUUUGUAAACGAAGCAACCUUCACUCCCGACGGCCACCACAUCAUCAGCGCGUCCUCAGACGGGACAGUCAAGGUUUGGAACAUGAAGACCACCGAGUGCUCGAACACCUUCAAGCCUCUGGGCACGUCAGCCGGGACAGACAUCACAGUGAACAACGUCGUCCUGCUGCCAAAGAACCCAGAGCACUUUGUCGUGUGUAACCGCUCCAACACUGUGGUCAUCAUGAACAUGCAGGGACAGAUCGUGAGGAGUUUCAGCUCCGGUAAGAGGGAAGGCGGUGACUUUGUGUGCUGCACUCUGUCGCCCCGUGGCGAGUGGAUCUACUGCGUGGGAGAAGACUUUGUGCUUUACUGCUUCAGCACAGUCACCGGCAAACUGGAGAGAACGCUGACGGUCCAUGAAAAGGACGUGAUCGGCAUCGCCCACCACCCCCAUCAGAACAUGAUCGGCACCUACAGUGAAGACGGCCUGCUGAAGCUCUGGAAGCCUUGACGAGUCCAUCCUGAGACUGACAUUAGACGUUCUUGCUCCUCAUCUUCUCUCCUCACUCUGAAUAACACUCUGGAGGUUUUGUUAGUUCUUGUUGUUUUACAGCAUGCAGUGAAACACAUGUUUCAGAUCACUGUGAACUAUGUUCUCACUUAUUACACCACAAGUUUUACAAAUCACCAGCUGCAGCUUUCAAUCAAACAUCUGCUCCUGAGUCAGAAGUGUUUGCACAGCAGAACCUGGUUUAACUGAACCUGUAGAUCUGAGGAUCUGUUCUUAAUGCGCCUUAAGGAAAUUAUUUAUCAACACAAUCUGCUUUUUUAAUGAUGUGCAUGAAUUGUAAAGUCAUGUUUUUGCAGCAGGAGGUCAAAGACACAACUGAAACCAAUACUUUGUAUUUAUUUCACACAUUAGGACACAUAUAAGAAAGGCGCCUUCAUAAUCCUCCAGACUGAAAAAGUGUUUUUAAUUCAUCCUAGAUUUAUUUUUGGUUCCAGUUAAAACAAACGAGGCUCUGCUGGCUAACAUUCAAGCUCUACAGGCAUUCACAGACUUCACCAGAAGAAGCUUAAAGAGGGGAGCUUUAGGAGUUUAAGUGUGAGGAGUGUAAAGAGGAUUCUUCUUUUGAAUAUUCCUCUCUUUUGUAAAUAUAUUUUUUAUUUGCCUUUUUGUUUUUUUCAAGAAGACCUGGUUAAAUAGUUUGUGGUUGAAUUUGUUUGUUUUUUUCUGUCUUUUUCUAAAAGCAUCCGCCAAAAUCACUUUCAUAUGUUUCUGUUAACUGACAUGUUUUGUGGUUCUGUCACAGAAAAUCACACAACACUCAAUUUAACAAUUUCUCCCACUUUGAACACAUGCAUUUUCUGGAUGUACAAUAUGUCUGAUCUUUAACAUUAAAGCUGUUUAACCAGAA